AUGGAUCUUAGGAGACUGAAAAAACUGCAGGCCCUCGUGCAUUUAUACAGACAGGAUCCAGACCUCCUGAGUGCUAAGCAGCUAAGUUUACUGUGUGACAAUGUGAAGAUCAUAGGAGAUCCUAUAUCACUUCUUCAGUGCAAUACUUCUGUAGAGAAGACAUCCAAGAAGGAGGAGGAAUCACCAGAGGCAGCUGAGAGUGAUUUGGAAAUUGAGGAUGAUGGUGUUAUUGAACCAGAUCUGGAUGAUCCCCAAGAAAUGGGAGAUGAAUAUUUGGAAAAAACAAACAAGAUGAUAGACCAGAUCAAUGAAAAGAGGGAACACACCUUUGCCACCCUGAAUGAAGGUGAAUUUCAGAAAGGCAUUGACUUGUUCACAGAUGCUGUCAGGCUGAAUCCUCACUUCAAUCUCUUGUACGUUAACCGAGCCAGUGAUUUUGUGAAACUGCAGAAGCCGAAUGCUGCCAUUAGAGACUGUGACAGAGCCUGUGAGCUUAACCCUAGUUCAGCGGAAACAUGUUCGCCAUUAACAGAUACGCCUGCAGUACUUGGGACACUGUGA